UGUGUUAUAUAUAACUAAUACAAAAGGUUAAAAGCUGUUCACAUUUCAAAGCUGCAUGUGAAAAAGCUGAUACCAGUGCUGUGGCGUUUGUACAUGUAUCAACAGAUUAACUUUAAAAGAACUCAAGUCUGUAACUGCUUGGCUUUAUCAGCAUAUGGGGUUUAGUUUCCAUGGAGCUAUUUCUUUGUUCCAGAAAAAGAUUGGAACAUAUGACAAAGCAAAUUGGGAGGUCACUGUUGAAAAACAAGAAGUCCAAAGGUUCCUGCCAGAAAAACUAAGUGUAGCAAAUAUACCAACUGAUUUGCUGGAUAUCGAUUUAAUAAGAGGUUCUACAUUUACAAAAGCCAAACCUGGUUAUCACUGGACGCAAGUUACAGCUUCAGGAUGUUUAAAAGUUUUUUUUUAUCCUCUUUAUUAUAAAUGGUGGCAGCAGCAAACAUCGAUUGCGAUAUGGUUGUUUUUUCUUAUGCUUUAUUUUUUGCAACUUAUUGCUAUAAUUAUAUACAUGACACACCAGAAUGAUGACGACUUCGAGAAUAUAUCGUGGCCAGAAGCACUUGUCCCGUUGCUGGCAUUGGUUUUGCUUGGAGAAAUGUACAUACAUGUGGUAUCAACAAAUUUUACAAAGCCGAUUGGGCAUAAAAUAAAGAAAAAACAAAGAAACAAUGGUCUGUAUUUUUUCAGCUCAAGUGGCCGAACAGGAAGAUCUAAACAAACCAGCAGGAAAAGUCAUAACAAAAGAAACAAUUCAAAAAGUAAAGAUACAAGUAACAUUGGGACCGAAGACAUACCAGGCCACAUAAAUGAUACAAGUGUAGAGCGGCCCAGUAGGGAGGAGAGCGUAGAGCGUGUUUUGCACAGCAACGAUGACGACCGGGUUAUUGGUGGAUCGGAAACAGAAGUUGAUUCUGGUUAUGGUAUUCGAAAUAGAUUUCAUCAAACAAAGUCAGAAGGAAAUGGCGGUACAACGACAAACGAAAGAGUAACGAAGACCAGUGGUCGAUCACGAAAAAAUUCUUUGCGUCAAUCAAGUGGCAGUGUGGAGGAUACUUCAUCUAACGAAAACUCUUCCCAAUCAUCUGAUUCUUCAACAUCUUCAAUAUCUGAUAAUGACGAAGUCAGUCGUAUGACCGAUAAAGAGACUGCGGACGUGCUGUUUCCUAAUACAGAAGGUUUGAUAGACGGUACACAAAGCAGUGCACUAUGUAAAAUCAGAUUGGGAAAUGAUUUAAUUAAUGUGUCAAUAUGGGAUGUGAAUUCCUUCAAGAAAGCAAAGUUGACAUUUUUUGAGAUCGGGAUGGCUGUCGUUAAGAAAGUUGAAUUACGAGUGGAGAAAUCUUCUGAUUACCUAACCUUCGCUAUUAUGUCUGCCAUCUUGAUUGGAAUUUUACCAUUGACCUUCAGAAUAUAUCAAUCGCACGUGUUAAACAAAGAUAAAACCCUGUUUGAAGGGGCAUCACAGGUAUUGAUUCAGAUUCAAACAUUUGAUGGACUGUAUGGAAUUUUCAAGCAGCUCUUUGGUUCGUCGUGGAAGUCUCAACUUGUUGUGUUUAUCGCCAUGGUGUCACGUGUCACUUUGUCGUUCGCCAUGUUUUUUCUUUUGUGUGUUGCGGAAGGCGCGUACAAAAUGCGUUAUAUGUACGCCAAAUAUUUUGGAGCACUGACAUCGACCAGAAGAGCACGUCGCAACGGACUUCCACAUUUCCGUUUGCACAAAGUAAAAAAUAUCAAAGCUUGGUUGUCUCUCAGAUCAUUUCUGAAGAAACGAGGACCACAAAGAUCUGUCGACACUAUUGUCUCUCUUGCUUUUAUGUUCGGUGUUUUACUACUAGUAGUAGCUUGUGUCCAGUUUCUUUCCAUCAAUGGAAAAGAUGAUAAGGAACAUUUCUUAGGAUAUUUCUUCAGUUGGGAAGUAUCAGCCUGGAGUUUAGUCCUCGGUGUAUUUCUGAUUCGUUUCAUUGCUCUUGGUUCUGACAUCAACAGAAAAUAUAGAAACACGUCCAUCUUGCUCACUGAACAGAUUAAUCUCUAUUUGCAAAUGGAAAGAAAUUCGAAGAAGAAAGAAGAAUUACUUAUCGCCAACAACGUUUUAAAACUCGCCUCAAAAUUAUUGAAGGAACUGGAAGGUCCUUUUAAAGUAUCUGGAUUCAUUAUGAACCCGCUGCUGUCAAACAUCACCCGUGUCGUCGUCUUGUCGUUGUUUUCUGGUGUUAUGUCGGAUAUUCUCGGAUUCAGAUUACGGCUUUGGAAAAUAAAACCAUAGUGGGGAAUAACAAUUGGAUACGCCCUCGGUUGGAUACGCCCUCUAUGGGAUACCAUCUUGCGUCAGAUAUGUUGUUUACAUUUAAUUAAAAAGAAAUUUGGUGUUUAUUCGCUGUUGUUUAUCAGCUGCGUCCAAACAAGUUAACGUAAAACUUAUUAAAAAUUCUAUUUUAAUAUUAUUUAGACAGUACAACCAUGACUUGUCUACAGGACAAUUUUUUUAGAUUUUUUGUUUAUUAUUUUGUAGUAUUAUUUAUGUAGUUUAAGGAUUAUAUUAUUUAUUCUAUUUAUGUAUUAUCAUGGUUAAAAAAAAUUUAUGGACUUAA